CACUCAUGGACUCCUCGCUCACCUUCUGCACCAUAAUCCUCACAACUGCUCUAGCCACUUGGCUCAUCCCAGCAGCUGCCAGCCUAGUCCUUCUACUAGGAAUCUGAAGACUGGCAAGCACUGGACUCAGUGCUUGAACAGUUAUAUUCAGAAUGUUCUGAGUACCAAGGAAAAACCUUGUGCAGCGAUAUGGCAAGGACUCGUACGUCCUGGUCACAGGAGGCGCGAACGGAAUUGGACUGGAAUAUGCAAGACAGUUUGCUCAAGCAGGGUUUAGCUUGGUAAUCGUUGAUAGAAGCGAGGAAGGGCUGAGGAAAGCAGCACAGGAGAUAUUGGAGGUUUCAAGCGGUUGAAGAGUUGUAUUGAAAGUAUGAGAUUUACAGGGAUUAGUGACUUAUGAAGAUUUUGAACGGUUAUUGACAGAGUUUUGGCAGUAUGAUAUUUCUAUUGUUGUCAAUAAUGCUGGUUUUAUGGACUGAGACAGAUUAGAGAAAGCUACUGAAGAAGAUGUGGUUGGAAUAAUCAGGACUAACUGUAUCGCUGUGGUAAUGUUUUCAAACAUAUUUUAUAAUCGGCUGAUUAGUAGGUCUAAUAAGAGCUGUAUUAUUAAUAUGUCUAGUACUAUCGGAGGUGCUCCUGCAAAGAUAGUGCCAAUGUAUGCUCCUACUAAAGGCUUUGUUAAAUUUCUCUCUCAAGGACUUGCAAAAGAAGCGGACCGUAAUAUAGAUAUUUUGACAGUCUGACCUGGAUCAGUAGACACAAAGUUUACUCUUAAUCGAAAAUUUAUUGACACCUGUUCUUCCAAAACAGUUGUAAACAGAGUGCUUGAUUCGAUGGGAAAUUGAAAUAAAAUGUCAGGCUGGUGGCUUCAUGAAAUAUGGGACCAAACUCAGACAAGCCUUUGGUACUUCAAUCAUGGAAUUUAUACCCACGUAAUGGAAUUCUUUGGAAAAUAUUUCGGAUAUGACGAACUAAUUAACAACAUCAAGCAAAGCAGGCAAUAAUACUCAAUAUCUUUACCAAAGCCCUGUAAAUCUAGCUUAUUUUCCUUCUAAACACAAUUCCCCAUCU